AUGAAAGACUCCUACGCCCUAGAAGAUCUCUAUGCAGCAGUAGCACACAUGACAUCAGUGCGACUCUUCUGUACAGUCGUUGCUCUGCUAGACUUGGAAUGGGGCCAAUAUGAUGCAGUGACUGCGGUCCUAAAUGCAGAGGCACGACAGGAAGUGUACAUGAAACAACCGCAAGGCUUUGAUGAUGGAUCCGGACGAGUGUGUCUGUUAAGACGAGCACUCUAUGGACUUCCAACAUCACCGCUGUGGUGGUUUGAUACAGCCCGCGCAUAUUUGAAAGAGCUAGGAUUUGCGCCACUUGCAUCAGAACUCUGUCUCUUCCGACGAGACGAUGGAGUCCACAUCCUUCUAUAUGUCGAUGAUAUGAUCAUUGCGGCACCCACUAAACAGAUGGUCAAGGACACAGCUGAGUCGAUUGCCUUGCGAUUCAAAAUCAAGGAAAUCGGCGACGUGACAGAGUUCCUAGGUCUUGAAAUCAAGAGAGACCGACCACAGCGCCGCAUUUGGAUCAGCCAAGAGAAAUUCAUCGACAGGAUCAUACAGAAAUUCUUCCCUGACCAACAACUCAACAAGGCACAGAGCCCCUGGCCGUCGAAGAUCGAAAUCCCGGCUAACUGA